CAGCAAAUAGGUUUCUCUACAGAUUUCAUCCUAACUGGCCUUCAAACUGUUACUCGCUGCUCUCUUUCCCUUAGGGGGUUUGUGAACCAAUAUGUAACACCCUCAUAACUAAAUGGCUGAUACACUAAUACCUUCAUAUAUCUGUAGCUCAUCGACUCAAGCAGAAAAAGGCGAGGGGAGAGUCAUCCAAAAGGAUCAAGGUGAUGACCAACAAGGAGGAGGAAAGCUCACAUAACUCCAGAACAGAGCAUGAGAAGAAGAAGAGCAGGAAGAGAAAGGCAGAUCCAGCAGAAGAAGAAGGAAGUGGAGUGAAACAACCUUGCAUUCCAGCAAAGAAGCCCAAUCCCCACAAAAUCAAAAACUAUCAAUUCCACAUGGAACUGGGGAAUGGAACCUUCGGCAAGGUUAUGCUGGCAUCACUGACCAACUGCAGAGAGCAAGUGGCAAUUAAAAUCUUGCAGAAGAAAGACCAACAAGCACAUGUCAACAUGAUCCUGGCAGAGGCACGUGCCCUCAGAACAUCCGACCGUUGUCCCUUUCUUUGUCGUGGAUAUGCAGCAUUCCAAACAAAGCUGCAUGCUUUCCUUGUUAUGGAGCGCGUGAGAGGAGGAAACCUGCAGGACCUAAUAGAUACGGAAGGUCAACUUACCAGGGACAGCAUAAUCUUCUAUUCGGCUGAAGUGAUCGUUGGUCUCCAAUAUCUUCAUUCACGUGGUAUUGUGCACCGGGAUCUGAAGCCGCCAAAUAUUUUGCUUAGCGCCGAGGGACAUGUGAAGAUCGCAGAUUUUGGCACAGUUGCAGAAGGGAUUUUUCCUGGCAUGAAGGCAUAUGGCUUGUUCGGAACCUACUUCUUCAUGGCUCCAGAGAUUCUUUCAAGGACUGGAUAUGAUGCCGGAGUGGAUUGGUGGGCAUUUGCAGUUAUGCUUUACAAAAUGGCCACCAGAAGAUAUCCAUUCAGCCAGAAUUCCAUUCAGAAGCUGAUCCAUUCUGUCAUGUAUGAGCAGCCUCCUUUUCCAGUGAAUCUCAGCAGCGAUUUCAGAGAACUGCUGCAGGAGCUCCUAGAGAAGAAUCCCACAAAGCGCCUGGGCACAACAGGAGACAUAAGGCAGCACCGAUUUUAUCAAUCUGUUGACUGGACAGCGCUGGAGAAUAUGAAGAUCUCACCCCCUGCCAAGCCAAGAGCAAUACCAGCUGUGGAAACCAAUGUUAUUCAGAAAGAGCUACUGUCAUUCCUGGAAGACAUGGAAUUUAUCAGCACUUCAGGUGGCUCAACAAUGAUUCAGGACCUUGCAUUCCUGAGUCCCAGCUGGAAAAUGUAACCUGUUCCAGUCAUCGGGCCCCUACCCUUGGGCCCUUUACAUCGGCCCCUGCCCCUGGGCCCUUAACAUCAGACUCUGCCUCUGAUCCCUUAAUCCAACCCUUUCUCUUGGCCUAACCAUCGGCCACUUUUUAUUGGCCUAACCACCGGCCUUAUUCUCUAGGCCUAACAAUAGGCCCCUUUCUCUUGGACUAACCAUCGGCCCCUUCCUAUUGUUCCUUACAAGUAGCCACACCAUCGCUCCUCCCCACCUCAGGCCCACACCAUCGGCCCUCCUCACCCAUGGCCCAUACCA